AUGAAGAAAAUCGAGCUCAAGGUUAGCUUCAACUGCAGCAAAUGCAAGACAAUUGUCCUAAAAGCUGUGGCCAAACUUGAAGGGGUGAACGAAAUCACGAUUGAUGCUGAAAAAGGCAUGUUAACCAUCGUCGGCGAGGUUGAUCCGGUGACUGUGACAAGAAAAGUCAGAAAGACUGGAAAACAUGUGGAGAUGAUCAGCGUCGGACCACCGGAAAAACCAGAGGAAAAGAAAGCAGAGGAGAAGAAACCAGAGCUUCCCCUGCCUCAUUGUUGCCCACAAUGCCAAGUGAUCAUCACUGAGACCUAUGAUUUUGGUGGCGGAAUCUGCACCAUUCUCUGA